AUGUCAAUUUCUCCUGACGGAAUUCCAACAAAACUCAAGUAUAGAAUUCAAGACCCCCUUUGUUCUAACAACGAAGCAGAAUAUGAAGCCCUUAUUGCAGGACUUGAGGCUUUGUUGGAAGUGGGGGCAACUAGGGUCGAAAUUAAAGGAGACUCAGAAUUAGUAAUCAAGCAACUGACCAAGGAUUACAAAUGUAUAAAAGAAAAUUUGAUUAUGUACUUCGUCAUUGCAAAUAGGUUACUCAAAAAAUUCGAAUACAUCGACAUAAAACAUGUCCCUAGAAUAAAAAACCAAGAAGCUAAUGACUUAGCACAAAUAGCUUCAGGGUAUAGAAUUUCAAAAGAGAAGCUAGAAGAACUUGUCGAAGUAAGAGGAAAGGCAAUGGCUGCCAGACUGUCUCCAACAGAUUUGGAAAGCACUCAGUUAGGAUAUGCUAACAAAGAGGAGUUUGAAGUACUGGCCAUUGAUACCUUAAUAGAUACAGAUUGGAGGAAUCCAAUUAUUAAUUAUCUUAAGGACCCUUCGACAGAUACAGAAAGAAAAACCAAGUACAGGGCUUUAUCUUAUGUUUUUAUGGGGAAUGAAUUAUUCAAGAAAACCCCUGAAGGGAUCCUGUUGAAAUGUUUAGGAGAAAAUGAAGCUUACUUGGCAUUAUCUAGUGUACAUAGUGGAGCCUGUGGAGCACACCAGGCAAGCCAUAAGAUGAAAUGGUUGCUUUUCAGAUAUGGAAUGUAUUGGCCCACCAUGUUAAAAGAUUGUAUAGAGUUUGCUAAGGGUUGCCAAGAAUGUCAAAUACAUGCAGGAAUUCAACAUGCUCCUGCAAGUGAGCUUCAUACAAUCAUUAAACCUUGGCCUUUCAGAGGUUGGGCAUUAGAUCUAAUUGGGGAGAUUCGACCCAAUUCAUCCAAAGGACAAAGGUACAUACUGGUAGGAAUUGACUAUUUCACUAAAUGGGUCGAAGCAGUACCUUUAGUAAAUAUGGAUCAAGAAACUAUUAUCGAAUUCAUUCAAAGUCAAAUAUUAUAUAGAUUUGGAAUCCCAGAAAGUAUAACAACAGAUCAAGGAUCAGUUUUUACUGGUCGAAAGAUGCAAGAGUUUGUAAAGGAGAUGGGUUUCAAAUUAUUAACAUCCACACCCUAUUAUGCUCAAGCCAAUGGGAAAGUCGAAGCAACCAAUAAAGUAAUAAUUGGUUUAAUCAAAAAGCAUGUAGGGAAGAAGCCAAAAAAUUGGCACAAAACUUUAGACCAAGCGCUUUGGGCUUGUCGAACCUCCCCUAAAGAAGCCACUAACACUAUGCAUUUCCAGCUUACAUUUGGACAUGAUGCAGUAUUACCUGUUGAAAUCUACUUGCAAUCGGUGAGAAUCCAAAGACAAGGAGAAAUUCCAUCUGACUUAUACUGGGAAAUGAUGAUAAAUGAGCUGGUGGAUUUGGACGAAGAAAGGUUGCAUGCGUUAGAAGUAUUAAGAAGACAGAAGGAGAGGGUAGAGAGGGCAUACAAUAAGAGGGUCAAAGGUAAAACCUUCACUUUGAAUGAUUUAGUUUGGAAAGUAAUAUUACCUAUGGAUCGAAAGAAUAAAGCAUUAGGAAAAUGGUCUCCACUCAAGUUCGUGUAUAGAUAUCUAUCAUGCCCAACUUUUCUAUCAAAUACUCAAAAGUAG